GCUGUCAUGUUUUAAAACCGUUUGGAGGGAAACAGCGUCGGUCCUUUCCCAGCUGCGUGGCUACGCGUUGAAGCAAGUGUAGAUUGUUCGCCUCGCCACAGUGUAGUCCCGAAAACCAUGGAUCCGAACGAUGCAUCGUUAACCUGCGCCGUCAACUUGGAAUGGAAUGAUGCGCACGGUACCACGACGAGGAAGUUCGCCCACAAGGAGGCGACGCUGCGGCUGAUCCGGAACGCGUUAAAGGAGAUGUUCCUCGAGGUAUCCGCACCCAAGACCAGCACGAUGCAGCUGAAGCUGAGAGGCGUGCAGGUGCACUCAAAGUUCAUGGCCGAAGGUAAGGCGAGUAUCAAGUUUAACGACGAAAAGUGCACUCUGUUCCUGUCAAACGCACCGCCCGGACUGUUGGUGCAGUUUCUGAAAGUUGUCUUUGUGAAGCUUACCAACGGCAAUGGCGCAGGAGGUCAACCUAAAAGCAAAGACGAGCUGCUGAAACAAUCCCGUGCACAAAUGCUGGCGGGGAAAUCGAUGAACCAGUACGAUGACGUCAGCCCCGUGACAACGACUGAACUUAACCGAGCGCGGAAGUUGGCGACUGGCAAGGGCUCCUUGACAACACCAUCGCCGUCGCAGAAGCGAAAGCGACUGUCGGACGGAGCGGCAGGUGAUCGCCCGAAGCCGAAAAAACUGCUGUCUGAAAAUGUGGACGAAGCGGGCUCGGGAGAUGCGAUACAGCUAAACGAGGAACAGAAACGCAUCCUGUCCGCAAGCCAAUCCGGCCAAAGCUUGUUCUUUACCGGAUCGGCUGGCACGGGCAAGAGUUUCCUGUUGCGUAAAAUCAUUGCAGCGCUUCCACCGGACGGCACGAUCGCGACGGCCUCGACGGGAGUGGCCGCCUGUUUGAUCGGUGGCACCACGUUGCAUUCGUUCGCUGGAAUUGGUACGGGAGAUGCCACGCUACAGAACUGCUACGAGAAGGCAUCCCGCCCAAACACGGCCCAGGCAUGGCGUAAAUGUAAAAGACUGAUUAUCGACGAAAUCUCCAUGAUAGAAGCGGAUUUCUUUGAGAAAAUAGAAGCUGUAGCUCGAUAUGUAAGAAAAAACGAUAAACCCUUCGGCGGCAUUCAGCUCAUCUUGUGUGGUGACUUUUUCCAAUUGCCUCCGGUUGGCCGUCUGCCAGAUCGUUCCCGCCCCGGCCAAUACUCCCAGGACGCACAACAAGACGACGAAUCGGGACGGGUACGGUUCUGCUUCGAAUCUAAAGCCUGGCGCGAAUGCAUUCAAGCAUCCUACGAAUUGACGAUCGUGCAUCGGCAGCGUGACCAGGAGUUCAUUUCAAUUCUGAACAGCAUCCGCAUCGGACGGGUGACCGAUGAAAUUAGCGAACGAUUGCGCAAAACAGCUAGUCAACGGAUCGAAACCGAGGGCAUCCUCGCGACGCAACUUUGCUCGCACACCAGCGAGGUGGACGCAAUAAAUCAGGCUAAGCUUGAAGCACUCCGCACGGAAGCUAAACUGUUCGAGGCCAAGGACAGCGAUCCCUACAGCGUGAAGCAGCUCGACAUGAUGCUACAGGCACCGGCAAAGCUAACGCUCAAAAUAGGCGCACAGGUGAUGCUGCUCAAAAACUACAACAUCUCCGAGGGACUGGUGAAUGGAGCACGCGGUGUGAUAGUAAACUUUGUCCAAGGACUGCCGCUGGUGAAAUUUAAACGCCGCGAGCUGCUGGUACGUCACGAAAAAUGGUCCGUAAAGACGGGCUCGGGCAUGGUGCUGACACGCAUACAGCUGCCGCUUAAGCUCGCGUGGGCCUUUUCUAUUCACAAAUCGCAAGGUCUAACGCUGGACUGUGUAGAGCUGUCGCUGUCGAAGGUGUUUGAGGCGGGCCAGGCGUAUGUCGCGCUUAGCCGCGCCCAAAGUCUCGACAGUAUCCGGGUGCUGGAUUUCGAUCUGCGGCAGGUUUGGGCCAACACGAAGGUGCUCGAGUAUUAUCGGUAUUUGCGGAAAAUGAUUGCUAACGGCAAUCACAUGGAGCCGGUUGCAGUCAAGCGGAAGUUGAAGAAAUCUCUGUCGGCGAUGGGACUGCCGAAAUCGAUCAUGGAUAAACCGUUGAUGACGAUCAAAUGAAGCGAAGGCAAUGUCUUCGUUCUACUAGUAUUUGUUCUUUAGAAAAAUGUAUUUAAAUGCGCUAGGAUAAUGAUUUUCUUCCACACCGAAACAUAUAAUAAAUAGUGCCUCAUUCAUUUAUGCUCUGCA